CCGACGAGGAAGAAGAGUGGAGUCCCAUCGUCAUCAUGUCCGAGCGUAAACCACCUGCCACUCGAAUUUGCCAGAGUACCACAACACACCGAACCAAAAUUUAGGGCUCUGGCAAAUAUUUAGGAAGACACUCGUUAUGGGUGUUUUAAAAAUCUUCGCCUGGGUCUACCUGGUGUCUAUGGCCUACCAGCAUCAGCGAGUGUAUGCUGUGCGCGUGGCUAAAAUGUGGGCCAACACGAGCGCGCUGACGGUGAGUUGGAAGUCCGUCCCAGGAGGAGGUUUCUGCUUGUGCUACGCCACGGCCGAGCACUUCCAGAGAGGACUCAGCUUCUUCGACUGCAUCCCUUACCACCGGGAGUCGCGAUGUGAUCUGGCCCGCUUCACCAACUGCACACAAUCCGAGGGCGCCUCCUGUGCUCCUCAGACCGUCGCCACCUCCACCAUGACGGGGCUAAGGCCAGGGACAACGUACGCCUUUUGCACCAUUGACUCAAACCCUGCCACAAAAACAGGCUACGACAAGCACGCCCUCUGCACGCGAACUUGGACGCUGGACGCUGAGCUCCAUUUCCGGACGCGAGUGUAUUCGCACUACAUGGUUGGCCUCGAGUGGACUGUGGGCAACGAAACAGAGAACCUGUUCAACGUCCGCCUGUGUGUUAGCCGUGACGGUUGCCAGUACAUGUGUAAGGACAACUUGGUGGAAGUCCGCAGGGAGAAGUUCGUCGACUGGGUAGACCUCUCCAAGGAGAGGGUACGCCUUCAAGUUCGGCGAACAGACGGCGUCAUACUUUUUGAGAGAAAAUUCAACAGCAAGAAAGGAGUGCCUGACCGGCCGUGUGAUGUGACUGCGUUGACGAUGGGCCCCUCUACCAUCCGGGUAAGCUGGGUGCUGGAGGACCAGGUGGACGGAUUCCUCGUCCGCCGUUGCUGCUGGUUCUGGUGCAAGUCCAAAGUUCACUUGGAGCCCCGCCUUCGAUACGUGUUUCUCGAUGGACUAACCCCGUGGACACACUGCACUAUUGCGGUUCAGUCCUUCCGUGCGGUCAACAACACCAAGUUGGCCAUGAGUGAUCCGGGAGAAGCCGAAGCGAUGACGUCCGCAGACCCGAAGCAGCUGCUCUGGUGUCUAGCGCUGAUCAUCCCUCUCAUCUUGGUCUGCACGGUCUACCUGUGCAAACGGAAGAAACGACACCACCCCAGCGAAGUGUGGCAAGUUCGCUAUGGCCGCCCCCAGCGUGGUGCUACAAACAGCAACAGCUGAUGACUCUAAUCCGACAACAUCAGGAGAGAGCUUUCUGCUUAUGUUAGAAACACAUCAGGCAAUAAAUGUGGCUGUGAAGCAGUC